CACCUGGAGCGAGAUCUAUCCUAUCCGUUCGUGUCUCCGCCUCCUGUACUUCAGUCUUGCAGCUAGUCCCAGCCUACCCAGACCCAGUACUCGGCUGCCCGCGUGUUCGCGCUAUCCUCCCUACCGGGCUCAGGAGGGCGUCCCGGAAGCUAUGGAGGUGCUGGUCCUGGCAGGAUACCGCGCACAGAAGGAGGGCGAACUGAGUCUGGCGCUGGGGGAUGUGGUCCGACAGGUGUGCAAGGGACCCGUAAGGGGCUGGCUACGCGGAGAGCUGGGGGGCCAUCGUGGCCUCUUCCCCGAGCGCCUGGUGCAGGAGAUUCCGGAGACUUUGCGCGGCGCGGGAGAGGCGCCGAGACCACGCUGUCCGCGCACCCAUGGUCGCCUUGCUAAAUCUUGGAGCCCCCAGAGAUGGUGCAAAGUGAACUUCAACUACAGCCCAGAGCAAGCAGAUGAGCUGAAGCUGCAAGCUGGGGAGAUAGUGGAAGUGAUAAAGGAGAUUGAGGACGGCUGGUGGCUGGGAAAGAAGAACGGGCAGCUGGGAGCCUUCCCAUCCAACUUUGUGGAGUUGCUGGACAGUGGGCCCCCAAGCCUUGAUAACCCAGACAUGCCUUCAAUCAGUCCUGACUCCCAGCGGCCUCCCAAGCUGGGCAGCCUGACCUAUGACGGCCCUCCAGACUACCUGCGGACAGUCUCCCACCCUGAGACCUAUAGAGUCCUGUUUGACUACCAGCCCGAGGCCCCAGAUGAGUUGGCACUGCGGAGAGGUGAAGAGGUGAAAGUUCUGAGGAAGACCACAGAGGAUAAGGGCUGGUGGGAAGGAGAGUCCCAAGGCCGAAGAGGCGUUUUCCCAGACAACUUUGUGCUCCCACCACCCCCAAUCAAGAAGCUGACCCCACGGAAAGUGGCAUCACGAGAACCAGCUGCUCUUAAAGAACCAAAAAAGAUGGUGCCCAAAACAGCCCUCCCUACGGUCAAGAAACUGAUGACAGCCCACACUGGGCCCAGCAAAGCCAGGCCGGCUGGCAUACCUGGUGGAGAUGGACAGAAGCGCCCCUCCCGGGACUCCGGCUCCAGCGGCAGCCUCCUCAGUGGGGGUUCGGGCCACCCUGGCAGAAAGCGAUCCAGAACCCAGGCUUCCCGGCAACAACCAGCGGCCAGUCAGGAGGAAGAACGGAGAAGUCGAGCAAAGGCCGCUCCUGUAAAUAAAGCCCCUACUCUGGGCAAGACCCCAAACCCACCGAAGACCCUGUCUCUGGAAGAGGCCCCAGAGGAAACUCUGACUCCAGAUAAGACCCCCAUCCCAGAGGAGACCCUGACUCUAGAGGACAAGGCCCCCAGCCCAGACGGGGACUUUUCUGUGGACGAGGCCCCUGCUCCAGGUGUCCCACCUGAAGAUGGAGCCUCUGGCCCAAAGAUGGCCCCUUCUGGGGAUGAGGCCUCCACCCUAGAAAAGGCCUUGACCCCAGAUCAAUUGUUCUCCGGAGAGGCCGCCCCCGGGGACAACGCUCAGCUCCAUCCCUCGCCUCUGGAGCCAGCCCUGCCUGAGAGCGAGUCCCUCUUGGUCAGUGAGGCUCAGUCCCAAGAGGAGGUCCACAUGGCAGAGGAGCACCCGCUGAACAAGAGGGACAGCUCUGCACUCCAGUCUGAGGCUGAGCCAGGGUCCCUGUCUGCCCUUGAGAAGGCCCACCCCCCAGAGGAGGCCGCCACCCUCCUGGAGGAGGCACCUGCGAAGGAUGAGACUACACCCGAAGAGGAGGCACCCCCUAAAGAGGCAGACCCGGCUCAGAAGGCUCCAGGCCCUUCAGAGACUCUCAGCCUCCAUUCACCAGCCCCGCAAAAUCCCCCAAACAGCGAAAAUGACAGCGCUGACGUAAUAAGGCUACAGGACGAGGUGGAGUCUUUAAGGAGGGCCCUGGAGCUGAUGGGGGUGCAGCUGGAGAGAAAGCUGACCACCCUCUGGGAGGAGCUGAAGAGUGAGAGGGAGAAGCGCCAGUUGCUAGAGGUUCAGGUGAAGCAGAGUACCCAGGAAUCCCGGACCCCGGGCUCCAGCCACGAGCAGAUGCACUGAGGGGGUCCCGGGGAAGGACGGCAGUGGGGCCUGGAGGGGAGUCUGCGCCGGCCAUCCGCAUCCUUGCGCAGGACCCUGGGAAACCCAAGAAAGUAAACUUUGCUGUCUACGCACA